AUGGCCUCCACUGAAAGAAUCCGUAAGUUCAAGGGGUUACGAACGUUAAUUUUGCAAAUGCUUCAAGUAUUGUCAUUAUUUUACAAGAUAUGCAAGGCUGAAAACCUUGUUAAGCCCAUUAGGAAGAUAAUAGAAUACAUAACACUAUCUGUUACUACCUAAAAUUGUAAUACCUAAAAUCUUACAGUAGUAAAGCUUAAAAUCUUGCAAGAGUAAUGCAUAGAACAAUCAUACAAUAGUAAUGCUUAAAAUAAGAUAUUUUUGUAUAUAAAACCCGAUGCUUUAAGGUCAAAUCUACGAUGCUCAUGAUUCGGACAAAAACGGCGUUUUGAGCGUCGACGAGGCCGAACUGGCCUACAAAGCGCUAGGAUCACUGGCUAAACAAGUACCCUGUUUCAACUCGGAAUUCCAAAAAUUGGCGAAUGCUGAAGGCGUCAUCACUUUUGAACGUAAGUUACUCUAUUAUUGUUUCUUUAAAAAGAACUUGCUUGCAUCGGCUACAAAAACGUCCAAAUUUACAUAUUUUUUGAAACAAAUUCUAGCAAUGCACAGUGGAACUACUGUAUAAGGAAUCGCUCGGGGACUUGAAAUUUGUCCGUUAUAAAGGACUUUUUUUAUACAGGAGUUUUAAAUGCACUGCGUAGUGGUGGACGAGAUUCAAAAGUUGUUUGUUAUAUGUACAGGAUUUUCGUUAUAGAGAAGUUCGUUAUACAGAAGUUUCACUUUACUUUUCCUACCAAAACAAAAACUUUAUAAAAAUGUGAAAAAUUGGCCGCCAGUUAACAGUUAUCAUUUUUUGUACCCUAUUACAAACUAUAUGACAAUAUGACGUGAAUCACAAUAUCAGAAUUGGUUACGCAUUUGUUAUGUCCGAAUAACAUUUAUUAAGCCUUUGAAUCAGCCGCUUCCGACUUGAAUAUUUUAAAUUUUCAGAAUUCCAAACCUUUGUCAAAAGUGCAUAA